AUGGAUGGGAAGAAGGUUGUCGUGGUUGGCGCCGGCCCAGUCGGGUCGCUAGCCGCUCUGUAUGCUGCCUCUCGUGGUGCCGACGUCGAGGUAUAUGAGCUUCGGAAUGACCUCCGUAAUGCCGAAACGACACCUCUAAACUUCACAAAAUCCAUCAACCUGGCCCUCUCCGAAAGAGGCAUCAACGCUCUCCGCUCCACCAGCAAUGACAAACUCUUGGAGACCGUGCUCGAGCAUACCAUCCCUAUGCACGGCCGGAUGAUCCACACGCGCUCUGCCACCGGAGCUCUGACCGAGCAGUCACAGCUUUAUGAUGUGCAUGGCCGUUUCCAGCGUUCCGUGGACCGUGGCGUUCUCAACGGGGUUCUGCUGGAUCAUCUGGACUCUUUAUCGAAUGUCAAAAUCUUCUUCCAGCAUAAACUGACUGGAGCCGACUUCCGCAAAAAGAAAGCCUGGUUCGAAGUCACCGAUAAGACGAACAACAUCGAUGCCGACCGACCAAAGGAAAUCGAAGUUGAUUUCGACCUCCUCAUUGGAGCCGAUGGAGCCCAUUCAGCCACCAGAUAUCACAUGAUGAAGUAUGCUCGGAUGGACUAUCAUCAAGAGUAUAUCGACUGUCUGUGGUGUGAAUUCACAAUGCCACCGAACAUGUCUGGAGACUUUGCGAUCUCACCGCAUCAUCUUCACAUUUGGCCGGCAGGAAGUUUCAUGUUCAUCGCUCUUCCUAACCUGGACAAGUCCUUUGUAUGCACACUGUUCGGGCCGGUGGACAUGUUUGUGAAACUGGAGAACGCGCCUGAUGCCGAGCUUGUGGCUUUCUUUGACCAGCAUUUCCCCGGUGUGACUGACCACAUCUCUCCCGAUGAUCUGAUCGCCCAGUUCAAGCGGAAUCCGCACUUACCCUUGAUCAAUAUCAAGUGUUCUCCACACCAUUUUGGCGACAGUGUUGUCAUUGUUGGUGAUGCGGCCAAUGCAAUGGUUCCAUUUUAUGGUCAGGGCAUGAACGCAGGCAUGGAAUCCGUCAGGGUACUGUUCUCAAAACUGGAUGAAUUUCCCAACGCGGCGGAAGCACUUACCAAAUAUACCGAGGAACGGAGCAAAGAUGCUCACGUCAUCGCCGACCUGGCCCUCGGCAACUACAUUGAGAUGAGGUCGUCCGUGACCUCGCGUCUGUACAAGUUGCGCAAGUACAUUGAAGAGAGACUCGACAAGUACUUCCCCAGCCUUGGAUGGGCAACUCAGUACUCUCGGGUCAGCUUCAGCAACAUGAGAUACAGCGAGGUACUGAAGCGGUCACAGCGUCAGAAACGAAUUCUCACAGGCCUGUUGUUGGCUGUCGCAGCGGCAGCUCUCAGUGGCUCGUUGGCGGCAAUUUGGCUUUAUGUUGUUCGCUUCUCUCGACGUCGGCGUGCAAUGUUGUAUCUUGUGAUCCAGCAGGUGAAAUGGUGA